UUAAGAAAUCACGGCAAGAUGCGUUUAGCAUAUGUGUAUUUAACGGCGGCAAUAGUUGCUUGCGUAUCAGCUUGUGGAGGCAAUUAUGGCAACGAAGCUAUAUCAUGUGGAUCGAUGGCCAACGAAGGUAUUACAAUCGAAUCACUUACAUACUCAACAUUGGAAGGAGCCUUAGAAGUCAUGAGAAAAUCAUUUUUUAUUUAUGAAAAUGUGUCUACGGGAUGUGACUUAUUAAGCGAACCUGGAGCAUCUGAAGAACUGGAACAGUUGAAUAUAAUGGCUGCUUAUGAUGGAGUCAGUCUGGUCGCAAAAAACCAGGACGAUCAAGUCGUUGGUGUUUGCAUCAACAAACUAAACGUUCAUUCAAGUGAAAAUCAAAAAAGCUACCUAGAAUUAUUCAGCGAGCAGUGCAAGUACAAAUCAUCAAAAUGUCUCGUUGAUUUCAUGAUCAGCAUGGAUAAAAGACAGGAUUUUUUCAAACAGUACAAUACUAACUGUACAAUGGAUAUACUUUCUUUAGCGACACUACCUGAGUACAAGAAGAGAGGAAUCGGGGAAUAUUUAGUUGCUUCUUCAUACGACUCAGGACAGCAAUCAUCUCAAGGAAAGGAUGUAAAAGUUUCUGCUCAUCCCGAUGGUAAGACAAUCACCAAUGCUGAUGCUAUUCCUUCUGCGUUGACUACAAUAAUGACGUCUGAUUAUUCACAAAAAAUUUGCGUUAAUCUUGGGUUCGAAGCUUUUGCUAAAGAAAGCUACGACAAUUUUACUUUUGAUGGUAAAAAAUUUAGCGAAAGAAUAAUGUAUGGCUCCAAGACUGCCCAAGUUUUUGCAAAACCGUUUGAGAAAUGUAAAAUGUCAAAUUUUUCGCGCGUUAAUCCAAGCGAAAAAAUAGUGUACAAAAUUUUGAGUGAAGACAAAGUUGAAGCGGCAUUGGAAGUUCAACAAAAGUCAAUGUGUGAUGAAAAUGUCGCGAUUGGAGUUGGGCUUUAUGAAGAAAAAAAUGCGCCUGAAUCUAUGGAGUGCGUUUUUAGAGAAGUAAUAAAGGAUAAUUGCACUAUUGUUGGCAUUGAUAUUGAAACAGAUGAUGUUGUUGCUGUGUCAUUUAAUAAAUUACAUACGAAAGCUCAAGAAGAUGAACCGAAUUUUUUUGGAGAAGUAGUUGAAAGUCACAUUAAAUCAGGCCCCGCCCUCGCUUUGAUACAAUUCAUCGAUGAAGUUGAGUCAAAAGUGAAUAUUUUCGAAAAAUACAAUACUUCAGCGGCAAUGGAGAUUUUUUAUAUUGGAACUCAUCCAAACUAUCGAGGUCGUCGGAUCGGUCAAGAAAUUUUAGGGGCUUCAAUAGCAUUAGCAGAAGAAUUAAAAAACCCGAUAAAUGGCAGCAAAGUCAAGCCGGAAGCUCUUUUUGGAGUGUUUACAUCAAAUUACAGCCAGAAACUUGCUGAGUACCAUCAUUUUGAAUGGUUAUCCACUGUUAAUUAUUCUGACUAUGAGUUCUUUGGAAAAAAAAUGUCGGAUAGAAUAAAAAACAGCGAGCAUAAAACUUCGAAACUUGGGGCUAGAUCAAUAUGAUAUAAAAAUAAAAUUGAUUCUUAUUAAAAUUAUUAUAAAAUAAAUUUGAUUUAAACAAAAA